CCAAGAGAAGCAGCUUAAAACCAAAUAACCCUGCCAGAAUGACCAGCAGUCACACAGACUGUCAGUACUGCCUGCAGUCCCUUCGGGGAAGGAAAUAUGCAUUAAGAGAAGAAAAUGCUUAUUGUGUUGCAUGCUAUGACAGCCUGUUUGCCAACUCCUGUGAAGAAUGCAAGCAACCUAUUGAGUGUGAUUCCAAGGAUUUGGCCUACAAAGGCCGCCACUGGCAUGAGAGGUGCUUCAAGUGUGCCAAAUGCAGUCGCUCACUGGUGGAGAAACCGUUUGCUGCCAAGGACGAGCUCUUGCUGUGUACUGAGUGCUACUCUGAUGAGUAUUCAUCUAAGUGUUUUCACUGCCAGAAGACCAUUAUGCCUGGUUCCCGUAAAAUGGAAUUUAAGGGAAGUUCCUGGCACGAAUCUUGUUUUGUUUGCCAGAAUUGCCGGCGGCCUUUGGGAACACAACCACUGAUCACCAAAGAUAAGGAGAACUACUGUGUACCCUGUUUUGAGAAGCACUUUGCUCACCAUUGCUACUCUUGCAAAAAGGUAAUCACUUCUGGGGGAGUGACCUACCAUGACCAGCCUUGGCAUAAAGAAUGCUUUGUGUGUGCUGGGUGUAAAACCCUGCUGACUGGACAAAGGUUUAUUUCCAAAGAUGAUUAUCCAUACUGUGUAGACUGUUUCAGCAAAUCCUAUGCUAAGAGGUGUGCUGCUUGCAAGAACCCUAUUACAGCUCUUGGAGGUGCUAAAUUUAUCUCAUUUGAAGAGCGCCAGUGGCACGGGGAAUGCUUUAACUGCAUGAAAUGCUCUGCCUCGUUGGUGGGCCAGGGAUUCCUCACUGAGCAGGAUGGUGUCCUUUGUCAGGAAUGUGGCUCUGCUUCCUAGUUCUGUGUAGAGCUCUACAGCUGCAUUACUCUCCAUCUGUAACAUCUACUUCAUUAAGCUUCAGUAAGAAAUAUCAUAUAAAA